CUUCAACGUACAUGGCAUCAUCUAUAUUGAAGAAGACGCCGACAUCGUUGCGCCCAUUGAGCGUGAAAUCCGCCUGCUCGCCAGUGGUCUACAAUCCGUCAAGGACGAGCAGGAGUAUAUCGUCGUGAGGGAAAGGACGCACAGAAACACCGCCGAGUCGACCAACUCACGCGUGAAAUGGUGGUCUGUUCUACAAGCGCUAGUGUUGUUCAUGGUUGUAGGGUGGCAGGUGUACUACUUGAAGUCGUUCUUCGAAGUAAAACGCGUAAUAUAAUUUGCCAGUUCCAAGUCUCAAUGCCAUGGGUAUAUUUUGUACAUACAUAAUAGGGUGUCACUGGAGACGACGAAAUGCAUAGUGAAACAGACGUGCAUAGUGGAACAAAUACAAAUGAAAGCAUCUACUCAUCGCCAUGUAGGUUUGCUCUUGUUCAUGCUGAUAUCGGCACUAGUGUUGGCGUCCAGAGGGGCCAAGGCAGAAAGGCUCGCCAUCAAUGUAGAUGGUCGCCCAACUUUCGAUACAGGUUUCGAGUUGGACAAGCGUCUAACACGCUUUGCAGGGCUCGAAAGUAGUGCUCGGCGUUUGGGGGCUUCGCUAUUGUUCACCGGAGAAAGUUGUGGAAUCAGGCUCGAUCUCCUCCGGCCUUUCCCACUCCCGCCGGCGACAGACCGUCGCCGACCUUUGGUGGAGCUCGAAAGCGCUGUCGGCCGUGAAGGAAUUUGAGUGUCAACAUCCAUCCGGUUCUUCAUAUCUGAAAGUGGACGCGGUUUCUCAGGACUGCUGCUCGAUUCGUCACCCUCCGCGAGACUGCCGAGGGCCGAUCCCUUUGAUUUCCCUUUGAGGAAACCUGGAUCCAGUCGACUAGGUCGAGGUCGCUUGUUGCUCAGGGAGCCGUAAGGCCGGGAUGUAGAGGCAGGGGCAGUCGCGGAAAGACUGAAGCUGUCGGACAUACUGCGAUGAGGAAGGGUCGAAGACGUCCACGACGUCUCCGACAUAUCUGCGGGAAUGACAGUCACUGCGUCCAAAUCCCCUUGACCGGCUUCAUCCCUCCACUGCACGUUUUUCGACGCAGGUUUCCGCUCCUUGUCGGGAAGACGUCGGUACGGCUGAAGACUAGCGCGCAAUGAUUUACGGGGUGUCCGGAAAGUGCGCCGCGGAGAGCCAGUCACAUUGCUCGAGGAGGAGGAAGUGCUCGGCUUUGAACCGUACGAGGAAGUCCGGCGGUUAACCGCAGGCUGCGUGCGCUUCUCGUCCGAUUGUUGCUGUUGCGAGAGUGCUGGCCCUGAACUGAUACGGCGACCAUAGCUAGUGGUAUGACCGCUGAAGUGUUCGAGGGAGGAUAGACCCUGGUCAUUGGUGUACCUCUCGGUCGAAUGCCCCACUAAUUUGACGAACGCUUCGUCGUUCUUCUGCCUGAGAUUAUUCAGGAGACCUGCAACGGCACCUGGGUUGCCUCCAGAGGUAUCCAGCGC